AUGCGUGAAUCUCCGCAAUUUUGGCGAUUAACAUCCUAUUAUGAUUGUACUGGUCGUGGUCGUCCAAAAGGAUUUUGUGUAGAAAUUUCACCACCAUCACCACAUAUUCCUUCUUCCGAACUAAUUUCAAAUGAAGUAUCAAAAAAUAAUCAUUCAUUUGAAUUAUAUCCUGAACUUAUACCACCAUCUGUUCCUCUCUCAAGUGAUGAUUAUGAAGAAGAAAUAGAGAAGAAAAUUGAUAACGAACAAAUUCUUACUUCUAAGAUUAUAAUUGAAAAUAAAAAAGAUACAAAAAAAAUUCAUAAAAAAAAUAAAUAUCAAGAUUUACCAAUUGUUUGUCCAUCUAUUGAAUUACCUGUGAAACGUGAUGAAAAUAAAAAAAUAUCAAUUACUCUUUUACCAUGUUUACAAUUUCCUCAAUCAUAUAGUUCACCAAGUGAAAUUACUAUUGAAUUUUGGCGACGAUACCAUACAAUGCGUGUAUCAUUUUCUCAAAAAGAAGUUGGAUAUUUUUCAACCGCUGAUCGUGCUGAUCGAACACGAUGUCGAGAAGAUUAUCGAUAUUUAAAAAAAUUAAUUUAUCCAUUGGAACAAAAAAAAGUUCAAUUUGAUCUUAAUAUUGGUGCUGAAUAUCUUGAUGCAAAAGAACCACCAGCUUCACUUGAUUCAAUCAUGUGGUGGAUUAUUCAACAUAAAAAAGAAUUAUUUAUUGAUAAAAAAUUUACUUUUGAUUUUCUAUGUUGGCGUGGAACAUUACGUAAAAUAAUGUCAUCUUUAUUUGAUACAGUUCUUGAUUGGCGUAUCGGAAUUAUUCGAUGGCAUGGUUGUCAUUUUAUGGUAGUUUUUCAUACUGAAACAGAAGUAAACAUUGAGAAUGAACAAACUCCCAUUGAAAAACGUAUGCAAUAUUGGGGACAUAAAUUCGAAGAUUAUAUUACAACCGAUACACCACCAUUAUUUCCAUCACCAAAAAAAUUUUUCUCAACAAUGAAUAAAGCUACACUUGGUCGUCAUAGAUUACUAUAUAGUUGUGAAAUAGAUGCUUGUACAUUAAAUUCAACAUAUAAUGAAGAAAAAAAACAAGGCACUUAUGUUGAAGUCAAAGUUACUUAUGCGAAACAUUUACUUGAUUUAAAUACUGUUUCGUCUCGAAAAUAUUCAAAAUGGUGGCAACAAUGUUAUUUAGCUGGUAUUAAUCAUAUGUUACUUGGUUUUCGAAAUAAUUAUGGUGUUGUAGAAUAUUUACAACCACUUUGUACAAAAGAUAUUGAAAUUCGAGCAAAAACUUGGAGUGCUAGUGCAUUUUUAUCAUUUCUUGAUGAAUUUUGUUCAUUUGUUCAACGAACAAUUACAAAAGAUUGGUCAUAUAAAGAUAGAGAUGUUUAUCUAUUCUAUUAUUCUCCAAAGGAGAAAAAAAUAAAAUGGCGUUUAUCAAACGAACAACAAUAUCAGUUUUUGCCGGAUUGGUUUAUCAACGAAUUCUCUUGA